GUUUAAAUACAGGGGUGUUAUGCUAAUAAACCGUCUUCUUCAUCAACACAAUGUCCAAAGUUCAGUACCGCUCCCUUGGCAAGUCUGGUCUCAAAGUCUCCGUGCCAGUUCUUGGUGCGAUGAGCUUCGGAACGUCGAAAUGGGGUUCCUGGGUCCUCGACGAGGAGCCCUCUAUCGAAAUAAUGAAGGCUGCUUGGGACCUUGGUAUCAAUACCAUCGAUACCGCCAACAUUUACUCAAACGGCGAGUCAGAGCGCGUCAUCGCCAAGUUCAUCAAAAAGUACAACAUUCCUCGACCCCAGAUCAUAAUCGCCACCAAGUGCAAUGGUCUCGUCGCCAAUGAUCCUUCCACCCAUGGGUUCCUCACGCCCGAUCUCAAAAAGCUGCCCGAGUACGUUAACCAAUCUGGCCUGUCUCGUGCCGCAAUCUUCAACGCUGUCGACGCGUCUCUCGCUCGUCUCGAGACCCCGUACAUUGAUCUCUUGCAGAUCCACCGCUUCGACCCUUCAGUCACCCCUGAGGAGACCAUGAAAGCACUUCACGACCUCGUGCAGAGCGGCAAAGUCCGCUAUAUCGGUGCUAGUUCCAUGCGCUGCUGGCAAUUUGCCAUGUUGAAUGACGUGGCCGUUCGCAAUGGUUGGACAACGUUCGUCAGCAUGCAGGAUGAGUACUCGCUACUCUACCGCGAGGAGGAACGCGAGAUGCUUGCUUAUUGCAAACACAACGGUAUCGGUGUCAUCCCCUGGGCUCCUCUAGCUUCUGGUGUCCUCGCCCGUCCAAUUGGCACAGAGACGACGCGUCUCAAUUCUGUCAAGGGAACUGUUUGGGAGACAAAGUUGUCCAGUGCAGACGUGACCAUCAUCAAUCGCGUCGAAGACCUUGCGAAGCAGAAGAAUUACAAGAUGAGCCAGAUUGCGCUAGCCUGGGUUGCAUCAAAGGUGACAAGUCCUAUCGUGGGUAUCAGCUCUAUACAGAGGUUGCAGGAGAGUAUCAUUGAGGAAGUUGAGCUCACGCCGGAGGAGAUAAAGGACCUGGAGGAACCGUAUGAACCCAAGGCCGUCCGUGGCCACCUUUAGUUAAUUGCGGCCAACCUGAUGUCAGCCAAAAUUUGUAACACUUUGUAUUACCACCAUCAUCGCAAUGCACUGAAUGGAGAAU